CUUUGAUGGUUAUCAAUUGUCUACUGAGUAUAAGGAGAAACCGUCUCGUAAACUCCUUGACUGUCUUGGAGUUUUAGGUUAUUUAUUUCACUCAUUUUUACUUGUUUUUGUGUUUGCUGAAUGAUUCCUUAGUGUUAUAGCGAUUGUUUUGAAUAAUUCAUUACUAAUUUGGUUAGAUUCUUUUACGAUGAGCGUUUUCGGUAGGAUUCUGUUGUUAAGAUUUUAAGUAUUAUUAGUAAAACAAAUGGAAUAGAUUCUAAUAUUAGAAUAGUGUGUAAUUUGCAUGUGAAUUUAUCUUAUAUAGGUACUAAUCACUUUUUGGCGUCCUUUUGGCAAAUAAUAUUGACCUUAUUGUGUGCUUUUAUCUGUACCGCCUACAUGAUUUCAUUUGCAAAUUGAAUUCUGGGAUUUUUGAGUGGACGACAGAGAAUUUAACUUUUCUGGGUUAGUUUAGGUUACGUCAAACAAAAUUAUUGGCUAAAAUAGUACUAUGUGAAGGAAUUUGAUGCUGUUUAAAAGGGGUGAAGUAUAAAUUUUUUUUUUGGUUUUUGUUUAAAUAUAUUGUAGUAUUGGUUCCGCUAUCUAGCUUGUCCAAAAAAGGAAUAAACGUGGGUAGUUUUGGUGGUAAUGGAGAUUCUAAGCUCUUCUGUGAAGUAUGAUAAUAUUAAUCAUAACAGAUCAGAAGAUGACGUUGCAGAGUAUUAUCAGCAGCAAGUAGAGAUGUUGGAGGGUUUCAAUGAAAUGGAUGCCCUUGCUGAGCGUGGGUUUGUUCCUGGGAUGUCAAAGGAAGAACGAGAGAAGUUAGCUAAUAGUGAAACAUUUGCCAUCAGGAUAUCAAAUAUAUGCAAUAUGGUUCUUUUUAUUGCAAAGGUUUAUGCAUCGUUUCAAAGUGGUUCUUUGGCAAUUAUCGCAUCCACGUUGGAUUCACUUCUUGAUCUUCUAUCGGGAUUUAUUCUGUGGUUCACUGCAUUUUCUAUGUCAACUCCUAACCCAUAUCAAUACCCAAUUGGAAAGAAGCGUAUGCAACCCCUGGGGAUUCUUGUUUUUGCUUCUGUCAUGGCUACACUAGGGCUACAGAUUAUUUUGGAGUCAACUCGGCAGCUUCUAUCAGACGAGAGUGAUUUUAGCUUGAAUAGUGACCAAGAAAGAUGGCUUGUGGGCAUCAUGUUGUCAGUAACUUUGGUUAAGCUUCUACUAGUCAUGUACUGCCGCUCUUUCACCAAUGAGAUAGUCAAAGCUUAUGCCCAGGACCACUUCUUUGAUGUUAUUACCAACAUAAUCGGCCUUAUUGCUGCUCUCUUGGCUAAUUAUGUCAGUGACUGGAUGGACCCGGUUGGAGCUAUCAUUCUUGCUUUGUACACAAUACGUACAUGGUCCAUGACAGUGCUGGAAAAUGUAAACUCCUUAGUCGGAAAAUCUGCUACCCCGGACUUCCUGCAGAAACUAACAUAUCUCUGUUGGAACCACCACAAAUCCAUCAGGCACAUUGACACGGUCCGAGCAUACACUUUUGGAUCACACUAUUUUGUUGAGGUUGACAUAGUAUUGCCGGCAAACAUGCCCUUGCAAGAAGCACAUGACAUUGGCGAAACAUUGCAAGAGAAAAUUGAACAGUUGCCUGACAUCGAACGAGCUUUUGUUCAUCUUGACUACGAAUAUACUCACAAACCUGAGCAUGCACAAGCCCAUCUAUAGAUGUUUGUGGCUGAAGAUAUUAUUGCCUGCAGGUGUUUAUGUUAUGUAAAAAUCUGGGAUUGGUAAGGUAAUUGAAAUCUAAGCAAGCCAUGGAUAAUAGUAGUAAUUUGCAGUGGGUUUUUGGGCAUAUUUUCAAGGAAUAUAAAACCAAUGGUAUGUAUUAGAUGAUGCUUUAAUUCCAAGAUGAUCUGAAGCAAAGAGUGUUAGUUUGGUUUGAUUGGGAUGUCUGAGCUGCUAAAUUGUGAAGUUUCUGAAAGUCUUGUGCUGAUCAGGUUUGAAUUACUUAAUACUACUAAUCUAUACGAUUAAGUUAUUUUCCCUGUAACUCUUUUUGAGUACUCUUAACUUAUUAUAUUAAGCUCCUUUCCGGUUA